AUGGCUCAGGCUAGGAGGAUCAAUUCUGUCAAAGAAUUGAACGGCACUACUGGAUGUGGAUUGCUGAUUAAUGUCAAGUUGUGCAAGUUGUGGGAUCGCCAUCAUUUUAAAAAUUGGGACAGAGUUGAGAGCCAUGAAAUGCUUCUUAUGGAUUCAAAUGGUGACAGAAUUGUUGCGGGGGUCCAUUGUGACCACUUUCAUCGUUUCGCCAACAAGUUCAUUGAAGAUACUAGAAGAAUUCAGAAUUUCUUAUGGAGUACUAAUGUUUAUCUAAAUGAAGAGUUGCUAGAAAUUGUCGACUUCAAGCAAAGAAUCACUGGUACUGCUGGAUUUGAUGAAAAUGUGAAGAUUGAUCCAAGGUCAAACUAUGCACUUAUUGCCACUAUUGAGGCUCUUGAUCCGGAUUUUGGAUGGUAUUAUAUUGGCUGCCGCAAAUGUCACAAAUCUGCAAAGGAGGAGGAUGUUCCAAUUGUUGUGGUAAAAAUUGAAGGCGAAACAUCGUCUAAGAAGUCGAGGUCACAAAUUCCUUCAAAGACAGUGUUUCAUUGUGAGACCGAAAGCUGCCCUAAACAAAUAACCACAGCAAGUCCGAGAUACAAAGUGAGACUUGAUAUUGAAGAUGGGACACCAGGAUCUUGCACUUUUGUGAUAUUUGAUGAUUGUAUUCGUCUUCUAAUGAAUAAAUCAUGCGAACAAAUCAGAGAAACUAUUCCCCCAGGUACCCCCAACAAUCAAAUACCGGAGGAACUUUACCAACUUGUAGGGAAGAAGCUCAUAUUCAAAUUUGAGGCGACUGAUUAUGUCAUACAAACGGGCUCGACGGUUUACAAACGCACAAAAACUAUUGAGGAUCCCAUACUUAUUACAAAAUUUGAGAAUGUUGUUGGUCCUGUAGAGAUUGAAGAUGUUAACAGUAUCACCAAUCUGGAUACAUCUGAUGUGGCUAUUUCGCAGUCUGUUUCCUCAAACAUCCCUAAGGUGACUGGUUCAAGCUCUGUUGGAACUGAAUAUGAUCAAGACGAUGAACCUAUCACUCCGGUUAGCUUUAUUCAAAAGCGGAAGGUUGUUGAGAUUGACGUCGACGACCAGGAACAUCAGGCUUCAACUAAUAAAAAGCAUGUCUAA